AUGGCAGAGAGUCCCAGCCACGAUAUAGGAGCUAUCAGUGUCCAACAUGCGUCGACGAGUUCGACACCUCGUAGUCGUCCGUACAGAUCCCAUAAGGUUCCCGCGUGCGAUUUUUGUCGCCGUCGCAAAACUCGAUGUACCAGGGACAAUGUUGACAAAGAAUGCCUCCCAUGUCGCAUGUACGGAGCACAAUGUUCGACUGCAAUCGACAGCCAAUCCAGAAGCCAUGAAACUCUGGAGUUUCAUUCGGAUCACCAAAAGGAAAAUUCCACAUCUAGUCAGACAGAUGAUAUUCAUGAUGCCCCAGCCUCUGCGUCUAAAAGCACAUUCGAUCAAUCAGGCCAUAUAAUCGGUCCAGCCAUGGCAAGAGAUGCACAAAUUUUGGAACAACACCUGUCGCCAACCAGAAAUAGAAAUACAACGAGUUUGUAUGCGCGAUCAACCCCUUACAGCGUUUACUCUGAUGAUCCUAGGAAUCCGGUCGUGUAUAUGAAAGUUCCUCGACAACGAGGGAUUCCGCCUGCGGGAAACGGUACAUCCAGUUUCAGUCAGUUCGAGACUAUGCAAAAGAUCCUGGAGCCACUUGGACCAGAACUGUUUCAUAUCUACUUUGAUAAUAUCCAUCCGGCUUUCCCUAUCCUCGAUGAGAAGACAGUGCGCGAGGCUUACAGCAAGGAUGGCCUCCCAUACACACUCAUCUGUGAAAUAUACGCUGUUUCGCUGCUUCUCUGGAACACUUCACCUAUAAUAUCGGAGACAAGACGUCCGUCGCCAGACAUCAAAUACAUGUGGAAUCUUGCCGUCAACGCAAUGAAUGAAGACUUUUUGGCUCCUAAUUUCUCUACGAUUCUGGCAUGUAUACUAGACCUUCUUGGCCGGCCAAUAACGUCUAUAACUUACAACGCAGUCAAUAUUGGACGGGUAGUUUCGCUAUCCUUGAGUCUAGGAUUGAACCGAGACCCUGCAAACUGGAAUUUGGACCAUCGUCAGAAAAGUCUGCGAGUUCGAACCUGGUGGGGCGUUUUGAUACAUGAUACCUGGGCGAGUCUUUCUCACGGAACCCCGCCUCAUAUUCAUUCAUCGCAAUGGGAUGUCUUGCUACCUGACAUUGAUUCACUAUUGAUGGGCACUGUCUCCACGGCAGAUUCCUUCCCAGAUGCGUGGAUGCAGGGUGCUAAGUCAUUCAUUGCUCUGUGUGGUUUGACCGAGAUUCUCGGGGACAUCUUGGCCUUGGUAUAUACAUUGAAGCCAUCAAGAGAACACAAUUGCUUGAAGUCAUUACGGAGGCUCGAGGCAAAGAUGGAUGAAUGGGAAGAUAACCUAGAUACCUGGCUGCGUCCGGGGAGCUUGGACUUCCAAAAAAUAGCUCCUGGUGCCCUCAACUUACAGCUAUCAUCUCUAGCUGUGAAGAUGUGCAUUUCUCGAAUUGCUCUCCAGGAAACUGUUCACAGAGACGAUAACGAUGACUGGGAAGCUAGACGCUACUAUCUUUCACAAUGCAGAAAGACCGCCCAAGCAAUCAUAAACUUCGUGCUGUCACUCAACAGAACAGAAAUUGAUGCAUUCUGGCUCCCUUACAGCGCUUAUCAUUUCGCUUCUGCGGUGACGCUUAUACUCCGCUGUGCGUUGGAGACUGAAGAUGACAAUACCGCGCGAGAAUGUGUGACGAGCGCAAAAGAUUUACUAGACUUUCUCCGGGCCGCCAAGCAUAAUUGGAACUGGGACUUGGGAGAUAUCUGCAUAAACCAGAGCGAAACAAUAGUCGAGAAGUUGACAGACAAUGGCUACCUAGCCUCGCGCAGAAGAGAUCGAGGCUGUGGGAAGGAUAUUGAUGAUUCUAGUCGACAUCUGACUUGGCAGGCCAACGCGGAAAUAAACAAGGUCAUCCUAGGACAUCAGUUAAUUAAAACAAUAAUAAUGGACUCUCCAGUUCUUCCGGAACCUUUCGCCAGCAUCCCACGGGAGUCGUUCCUGUUUGGGCAAUCGCCGAUCCAGCACUUGGAAAACAUCAGCAAGGCCCUUGGCGGCGAAGUCGACAUUUAUGCUAAACGAGAGGAUUGCAAUUCUGGACUAGCAUUUGGGGGGAACAAGACUAGAAAACUGGAAUAUCUCGCAUCAGACGCUUUAGCAAAAGGAUGUGACACGCUUGUCAGUAUCGGAGGUUUCCAAUCGAACCACACAAGGCAGGUGGCCGCUGUAGGUGCGAAGUUGGGCAUGAAAGUUGCGCUGGUGCAAGAGAAAUGGGUGAACUGGAAUGAUCCUGUAUAUGAUAAAGCUGGUAACUUACAACUAUCACGGCUUAUGGGCGCUGAUACGCGACUCGACCCCUCUCCGUUCGGAAUCGAGCACAAGGCUAGCCUCAACAAUCUGAUGGCAGAGAUCGAGGCUGCAGGACGAAAGCCUUACUACAUCCCUGCAGGCGCAUCUGAUCACCCGUUGGGUGGACUGGGCUUUGCGCGCUGGGCAUUUGAAGUUGAGGAACAAGAGAAAAGGCUCGGGCUGUUUUUCGACACCAUCAUCGUGUGCGCUGUGACCGGGUCAACAAUGGCCGGUAUGGUAGCCGGAUUCAAGCUGGCACAGAAGGUGAACGGCUCGCGGCUUCGCAAGGUUAUUGGCAUUGAUGCAUCUGCGACGGUGCCACAGACCUUUGACCAGAUCUUACGCAUCGCGAAAGCUACUGGAGAGAAGAUCGGAUUGUCACGCGACGACAUCACAGAAGCUGAUAUCAUCCUUGAUGACCGGUACCAUGCGGGCACCUAUGGUAUCCCCGACGCCACAACUGUCGAAGCCAUCAAGUUUGGCGCUUCGUCAGAGGGCUUCAUUACGGAUCCUGUAUAUGAGGGUAAAAGUCUGGCAGGUCUGAUAGACCUUGUUCGUCGUGGAGAGAUAGCCGCAGGCAGCAAGGUGCUGUUUGCGCACCUGGGAGGCCAGCUCGCGCUGAAUGCCUAUACCGAAAUGUGAACAAUAGUGGCCAUGAUAGCCCGUUAGGUUCAGAUUAAAUACGCCGAGUUUACAAGUUGUCCGUUAUCUUCAAGAUCUGUAGUGCAGCAGAUAUAUCAUAUCCUAGGACUCCCUAUUAG